UGGACCGAGAAAUGAUCGGAAGAACUGCAUCCAUUUACCCAUCAGAAUCCUCUAACCUAACAAUGUGCGUGAAAGUCAUGUCGCAUGCACAUUUUAUACCGUAGGACUUAUGCACAUUCAAGUUGGACAUGAUGUGAGAAAUCUGAGCCGUUUUAUCUCAGUAUCAGGAGCAAACCAACAUAGUUGUCAAAGCUACACGAAUCGGACACUGAAAUCUACGAAUGCAAUUCUCAAAGAGACGGUCGAUGUUGAGUUACGCAAAACCUUUUUUAUAAACCAUAGUCGUCAUGUCGACCAGCAACGAGUUUCUGUGAUGCCACACAUGUCUUGCAGAUACUUCAAAUCCCCAGCUCUCAAACGCACAUUCCUUAUGAACCACCUUAUCUGAUCCGUGCUGACCUAACCCUCUUUGUGGUUGCGUGCCAUCCACAAGGUCUCUCCUCGUCAUCUGAUAGGUAGUCGGCACAAUCGUGAACCCAUGCUAGCUGCCCGCGGCAUCCUCUGCCUCUAGGCUUGCCC